CUGUAGUUUGGUUGGGCUGGGAUAUCUUUCAAAGCAGAGCCCGCUGCGGAUAUGAUCCAUAUGAUGUCGACGCCGGUAACGCUCCUCCCCAGCUCAACUCCGCCGCAACAUCGGCCACUCUCCGGCGUUCCAGUACGCGGCACCACUAACCGCCGCCGAUUCUCCACUCUUAUCGCACUUUCUUCCUCUUCGAAGGACAUACCGGAGGAUCUCCUCACUGCCGCCGGGCGUCUUGUAUGGGGUCGUGGUCUCCCGCCGCAAACCCUAGUCUCCGCCGUCCGAGUCGGGUGGUCGGCGGCGUGGCAUCUCAUGAUGCGCCAGCUCGCUCCUUCCUCUUCCUCUGCACCCGGCUCCUACGAUCGCCCCGCCUCCGCCUUCCCCUCUGUCCCUCACCACUACAAGCGGAACCCUAGCCAUCUCCAUCUCUACGUCGCUCUCCCUUGCCCGUGGGCGCAUCGUGUCCUCGUCGUCCGCGCCCUCAAGGGUCUCACCUCCGCACUCCCCGUCUCCGUCGCGGCUCCCGGAUUCGAUGGCUCUUGGCGAUUUCCCGUUAUCGAAAAAUCCACCUCCGGUGAUGAGCUGAACCCGAGCCCUGACCGGGCCAAUGGCUGUAGUACGCUGAGGGAGGUGUACAGUCUUCGGAGGGGCGGCUACGACGGGAGGUCGACGGUACCGAUGCUUUGGGACUCUGAGAAGAAGGAGGUGGUGUGCAACGAGAGUUACUCCAUCAUCGAAUUCUUGAACUCAGUGGACAUCGGAGGGAACAUCAAUAGAUCCUCGCAAUUAAACCUCUGCCCUCCGGGGCUCAAGAAGCAGAUCGAUGAAUGGAAUCGUGUUAUCUACCCCAACAUUAACAAUGGAGUCUACAAAUGUGGCUUUGCACAGAGUCAAGAAGCAUAUGACAAUGCAGUCAAUGAUUUGUUCAAUACAUUGGAUAAGAUUGAAUCUCACCUAUCUACCUCACGCUUCUUGUGCGGCGAUGUGUUAACUUUAGCUGAUGUCUGCUUAUUUACUACCUUGAUCCGUUUUGACCUUGCAUAUAAUGUCCUCUUUAAGUGCACUAAGAAGAAGCUAGUUGAAUACUCCAAUCUCUACGGCUACACAUGUGAUAUAUAUCAGAUUCCAGAGGUAGCGAGAACAUGCAACUUUGAAGCAAUCAUGGAUGGUUACUUUUGCACUCUAUUUCCCUUGAAUCCUGGUGGGAUUCGGCCUGUCAUGCCUUCAGCUUGUAGUCAUGAUUUUCUUUCUAAGACACAUGAUAGACAAGUUUUAUCUUCAAGAAUCAAACAACCAUUAACUAUGUCAGAAUCUUAGAUGCAAUUUUCUGCCUCAGAAAAAAAAAACCAAAUGUAAAUAGAGACAUGUUGGACCAAAAACUAUGAAUCAAUGGCAAUGAAAAAUGCAAAAGUAACAUACAGAUGUGCCUGGUUUAAGAGGAGAAAAGAUUAAAGAAUAAGAGUUAUAUCAACUCCAAACAGCAGAGGCAGCAGUAUGAAUGGUUAUUUCUUGCUAAGCCAGUUCAAUUGGAAAACCAGAACUCCAUUCAUGAACAUGUUUGCCAGUGGGAUAUUCAAUCUAGGUCUUUCAGAUUCAGAAGCUAUCUAGUUUGUGUAUUAUUUGUGAUGUUAUCGCUAGAUGGACUCGUAAUUUCACUCAGCAUGCAUUCUGAUUCUGAGAUUAUCUUUUCCUCUGAUGGAAACUGGGUACCCUCUCCCAUUUACAUAGUUGUCUUAUAUAAACACAGAUGUUUGUAAAUAUAGAUAUUUUUGUUGACGAGUUUUCAUGCUGUUAAACUCUUUGGAUUACUUAAAGUGUCGUUGAAUAUUAAAUCAUCAAAUAGAAGAUAAUAUUUGGUA